AUGGGGAAAACUAUAGUAUGUUCGAAUUAUUGUAAUGUAAAUUACAACAUUAUAAUUUAUGAAUUUGUAAAUUCAUUUAGUGAAUGUGAAUUACUUUUUAAUUCUUCAAUAACUCAUAGCAAUGGUGAGUUUACAAGCCAAUGUUCGAAUAUAAAUAAUGUGUUUUCAGACGUUUUGGGUACUAUAAAUAAUACAAUAUGUUCAACAGUUAUGGCAUAUUUGAAAAAAAUACAUGACACGUCUUAUGACAGAAUAAAAGAAGCAAGUUGUAAAUACAUGUACUUUUGGAUGUAUAAUAAACUUAAGGGGGAGAAUAAAGCUAUCUAUACCAAAACACUUUAUGACAUUAUUCUCUUUGUUUAUAAAAGAAAUAGUGAUACUCCUAUUUGUAACGAUUUUAUAAAAACUAAUAUAACAGACAAUCAUAUGCAAAAAGUGAAUGAUAUGUAUGAUCUGUACACUAAGUUAAAUAAUAUUAAUGAUACAAAAAUUUGUCCUGAAGAUAAAAAAUGCUAUUGUGCCAAUAAGUGUUCCAAUAUAUAUAUGAAUUAUAAGGAUGCUUGUAAUUCAAAUAACAACAAGGAUUUCUGUAGUUCCCUAGAUGAAUUUAGAGUUCAAUAUAAUGCAAUAAUGAAAAAUAAAAUUUGUAAAAAUCUCGAUUACCAAAUAUUACCAUCUUUCCGAACAAGUAAUUCUAUUGUUCCUAUAUCAAUUACAAUUGUUUUAAUAUUAAUAUUAUUAUUGUUUUUAUGUAUCCUGUAUAAGUGCACCUCAUGUGGUUCUCAUGUUCAUCAUAUACUAAAAAGAAAAAGGAAUAAAUGGAAUAAAACAGAUGAAAAAUGGAAUGUAUUGCAACAAUCAGAAAAUUCCAAAAGUAUAUCCGAUGAUAUCAGAUAUAACCUAUUAUAUUCUUGUGAUUAA